AUGUCGUCGAGUGGUGAAUUUUCGACUUUGUCGAGUGGUGAAGCCACCGGGACAGGCGACGACUCGUUGCCCAGCUCUCGGGAGGCUACCGCGGAAGCUGCGAAUUCCGGGGCCGGAUUCAUGCCGCUGCGCGAGUUCCUGGACAGAUUUUCGUUGCCCAGGGUGGUGAGGGUGGAAGGUGCCGGCGGUAGACCGAUAUUGUUGUACAAACAACAGCAGCGAUCGCUGAGAGUGACGGCUACAUUGUUGAUGCAUCGUUACCGCCACGAUGUGAAAGUUGGGCCUGAGAUUGUGAUUCCAGAGGGAUAUCCUGGCUGGUUCUCCGUUGUCUCGAGCAACAGUGGUACCGGAAGUGCCAGGGUGUAUCGAAGAGUAGGAGCGUUGGUUCGAGCCGGUGUUCCUGCCUUUCUGCUCGCUAAACCCCUGAGAGCUUACACGCUGACACACUCCAAGAUGGAGAACGGUAAUCUGAGGGCUCACUACACGAAAACGACGGUGCGUGCCGGGGAAGUUCUACGACUGGCCGCGGUUUUCCAGGACACGCGGAGAGCACCGGUCUCGAGCGGCAUUUCCGGUGUCGUUAGCGGCGUCCCGGAAGGCAAGAGUUCAAGGUCGUCGGAACGAGAUCAGUACGCGCAGUGCUUGGAUUCUCACGGGCACGAACUGUUCGCGCCGCUUUCAGCCAGAGGAGAAUUCUACGCCACCUGCCAGAGUGGAAGCCUCGAUACCGGAAGUGACGCUGUGCUCUACAGGGUUCAUCAGCUUGCCAGAAGAGACCUUCCUCUGAGGGUACGACUGGUUGCUGGACCUUUACCAAUACCAUUGCCACGAGAUUACAGUGGUUUGAUGCAAUUGGAAGGUGCGACAAGGGGUCCUAUAGUGUUAGGCUGCGCGGUACCUCUAAUGCCUGAGAGGCCUUUACCAAAUUCCACGGUCCCGGAACUCCUCGAGCUGGUUGCCACAGGACCAACGGCGCCUCGAGUCAAGAGGGCGCGGUUGGGGUGUCCUUCUGAAGCACGGUUGCUAGCGUCGCCAAAGAUGCAGCGAUUACUUUCAGCAUGCAGGAGAGCUUUAGACCAGAGGGCAACAGAACCACGCGUGGCGCCUCCGAAACCGCCCAGUAGCGGUGGUCAGUUGAAGGAGCUCCACCUGAAGGAGAUCAAGUCCAAGCCGGAGGCGAAACCGAUCCUUCAGAGUCUGAAAGAGGGCCUGGAGCACAUCAAGCGGACGACCAUCAGAGAUCGCAGCAACAGUCGAGCGAGUAGCAACAACCACAGCUUCCUCGACAGGAUCUCGAGGAUAGCACAGGGUGGCAGAAGCAGGAAUCCAGCGAAGAAGUCUGCCUCGUUCACGUUCGCGGUUCGCCCAGAAAUUGGCAUGAGGUCAGAGAGAUACGCCAGUUUGGAGUCGGAGACCAAUCUGUUGCAGGCCUCGCCUUCCUCGAGGCAGCAGGUCCAACGAUCGAUUUCCACCAGCGUGUUGGAGGUUCAGUCGCAGCACGAUCUCGAUCCGCCCUAUUCCAAGGUCAGAGACAGCCUAACGCCGCUGCCGCCGACUCCUCCGUCCAGGACGGAGGAGAUCUACGCCGAGAUCUGCGAACCGACGAACGCGAGCACUCCGGAGGAGAAACCUCCACCUGGAGGGAAGAACGGGACCAGAGAGAAGGACAGGGGUUACGUGAAACUCGCGCUGUCGCAGUCCGAGAUUUCCGACGUGAACGCUGGCGAGGAGGAGGAGGGAAUUUACAACACCGUCUGCUGA